UGGUAGCCAUUCCAUAAAAAUGUCCGUGCCGUGUGCUUGUGUUCGCAUUUUGUGGAAUUAUUAAUUGUUAUUAAAAACUGUGUUAUUGUAUAUAUAACUAAAAUAUCAGAGUAUUUUGAUAUGGACGGGAAAUUGGAUGCGUCUCUCGUGACGCAAUCCAUAAAUUACCAUGGACAGCAACUUCAGAAAACGUGGGAGGCAGAACGAGGAGAGGACGAUUUGUCUAAAAUCGGCAUUGGAGCCCUGGACUUUGCGGUGUACCAGUCCAGGCAUAAACACCUAACCUUCCAAGACCGUGGAAAACGCUUGAAACUUCAUCAGUUUAUUGCAAAAGAAGCAAAUGCAUUGUUUGAUACAUCAGUUCAGGAGGAAACGCCUUCCUCAUCCAGUCUUGGGACUGAUGCUACCGCACCUGAAGACAAUCUAUAUGCAUUGAUGCCACCGUUUGAAACGUUUUUGAAUGUAGAUAAAUCUGCAAGACUGAGGCAUUUUUUUGAAAAUGUGAAGACGGGAGAAUUGGUGAUAGGAGCUGUGAUCAACAGGACAGCCUCUGGGAUGAUGCUGAAGGUGCUCUGCACUGCCGGACCUACAUCCCGAUAUGUGGCUGAUAUCAAUGUGAAGGCAUUUUUACCUGUGGGAAAUAUCAUACCAGCUGUGGACAAGAAAAAUGUUUCAAGAAACUACCUGAUGAAUGACACUGUCUGCUGUGAAGUCAUUGAAGUGAUCCCAGACACUGACAAAAUGGUCUGCGGGAUGAAGGGAGUCACUCGGGGCCCGGACGACCCCCCGCCUAAGCCCCCUCUGGGACUGCUCAGCACAGACGACUUCCCAUUAGUCUACAAGAAAACUGUGGAUAUGAAGGGAGAAAGUUACGAAGCUAUUUUGGAGAAGAGCCCAGGGUUCAAUAACCCCAACUGCAUCCAAUAUCUGUCUGAACUUCUUGGAAUCUCCAACAUGCACUGCACCAACUUUGUGUCAUUAAGGGGAGGAUUUUCGCCAGCGGAUUAUGCAGAUGAACUUCGUCAAGCUCAAGCCAGUAAGUGGGCAUUCCGUUCAGUAGCCGAAGGCAUUGAACAUUUCAAGGCAGGACGUCACUCUGAAGCGUUCCAAUGUCUCAACAAGGCCCUAAGCAUUGACCCAAGAAAUGUGGAAGGAUUAGUCGCGAGAGGCGCUCUAUACGCCAACAGUGGAACCUUCAAGAAGGCAAUAGAAGAUUUUGAGACAUCUUUAAAACUGAAUCCGAACCACGCUAACGCUAGGAAGUAUUUGGGAGAGACAUUGGUCGCUCUCGGUCGCAGCUAUGAGGAUGAGAAUAAAAUCACGGAAGCUCAAAAGGCAUACGAGGAUUGUUUAGCCAUCAUACCGUUUCACGAAGAAGCUCAGAACUCUUUGGAUUUCCUUAAGAGCAAGACGUCUACAGCGAAGCCGCUGAUUGAACCGGCAGAGUUGUUGUUGCCCGGUUUGACCGGAGCGAAAUCGUUUGAGAUGAAGGAAACUAUUAAGCAGCUUUUGAAUCUGACUGAGAAGAAGGACAAGAAAAAGAAGAAGAAGCGAGGCAAGGGUAAGAGGAAGCGGUCGAGCAGCUCGUCUUCCUCGUCCAGCGACUCGUCCAGUUCCAGCUCGUCCUCGGAAUCUUCCUCAUCGUCCUCGGACACUAGCGAUUCUGAAGGUCCCAACCGCAAGAAGAAGCGCCGUGCGCAGUCGAACAACAAGCGCCAACGUUCCCUCUCGCCGCUGAGCAAGCGCAUGGCCAUGCUCGGGGAGACGGACGCCACGCGCACGCACAACUCGCAGUUCAACCAUCCGUACGGGUACCAGCCCCCACCACCACCCGUGGAAGAGGCUAACGCACCGGCCAGGUCGCAGGCGGAUAUAGAUUACGAGUUAAAGGUGCGGAAGUUCCUCGAGAUGACGAAAGAGGACUCUGACUACGAGGACAAAGUGCGCAACUUCCUCGAGGAAACGGCGCAGUACAAGCGCAACAGGAAGAUGCAGGAGCUCGGCCAGCAGCCGCAGCCGGGCGGCGACCACGAGAAGAAGAAGAAAAAGAAAAAAGACAAAAAAAAGAAGAAAGAAUCAAAACGUAAACGCAAGGAGCAAGAGCGAGAGGAAAAGCGGAAGUCGAAGCUUGCUCGCUCUGCCGCCAACAACGAUUACAACUUGCGAGAUUUGGACAACAUUGGCGACAAGAAACUUAGGGAUGCUAUCAGAAAAGAAUUGAAAGGGAAAUCGAAGAGGGACCUCAGUUCAGAUGGCGAAUAUGAUAGAAAACACAGUGACAAAAGGAUACUGGACGAGAUGCACGGCCUAGAAGAGCUCGAGUCUAAACUGAGCGCGUACCACGUGAUGGUGGAGAAUGCCAGCAAGCGCGAGCGCGGCUCCGUGAGCCCGCUCGACCAGGCCCCGCCCCCGCCGCUCGAGAAGCCCAAGUGGAAAAUGUCCAUGAGCGCCGUCAAGGACCCUAGAGUUCAGAAGAAAGAAAAGUCAUCCAGCAAGGGAUAUAAGGAGCAUUAUGCAUUUGAAGACAGUUCCGAUGAUUCACAAGACCCGCCUAAGCCCCCGACUGGUGGCGACAAGAACGUGUCCGUGCGACGCGCCAUGGCCAUGAAGGAGCCUCCGCCGCUGCCGUCAAACAACAAGAACCGGGAGCCCGACCCGCCCGGGACCGAGCAGCACCCUCCGGUCCGCAAGGGCAACAUAGUCCUGGACAAGUUCGGGUCGUUCCGUCUGGCCCAGGAGGGUGAGACGCCUGUUUCUGUGGGCGGGCAGCGGCCGGAGCAGUUCGUGACGCGCAUCAAGCCGCCCACGCCGGGCGCGCGCCGGCCCCGCAGCCCCCCCUCGCCGCGCCGCCGCUCCUCCACAUCCGACGACGGACGAGACCAGAAAAGGUCGCGCAGCAGGUCCCGGCCGCGCAAGUACCGGUCCCGCUCGGGCUCGCGGUCCCGCUCUGCGUCGUCGGGCAGCGGCUCGGCGGGAUCGCGGCGCCGCCGCUCCGGCUCGCCUCGGUCCCGGUCCCGCUCCGACGCCUCGCGGUCCUACUACUCACGCAGCCGGUCCCGCAGCCGCUCCGGAUCUAGGGAUGGGAGAUUCCGUCGCUUCAACCGUCGCGGCAACUGGCGCGGUCGCGGCGGCUUCGAGCGCGGCACGUACUACCGGCCGCGCUUCCACACCUUCAACGGCGCGGGUCGCGGGCGCGGCCGCGGCAACAACGACUUCCGCCGCGACGACCAGCGCCGCUUCCAGCCAGACUGGCGCGACAACCGCAGCAGAGGGGGAAGGCCUUUCCGGCCCCGACGCGGGCAAGGUGGACGGGGGAGACCUUUCAGAGGAGGAUUCCGAGACUUCCGCGACCGCCGCGGCGGACGGUACUCGCGCUCGCGCAGCCCCGACCGGACGCGCCGCUCGCGCUCCUACAGUCCCGAGCGACGCGACAAGGAUAGAGACAGCUACUCCCGCUUCUCUGAACGCGACAGCCACCGCAGCGAGGGCGAGUACGAGGAAGAAAGAUACGUGGACAGAAAGGAAUAUGACGGAAAAUGGGCCGACGGGAACGAACCAGAAAGGAACCACACCGAAGAAAAACCCUCUGAACCUGCUCCCAAAGAGUAACACCUACACCACCGUUUUAAAAUUUUUAAGCUAUACUACAUUGGUUAGGGUCCUGACUUAUUCACUCGCAUUACACAUUUUAACACAAAUCCUUGAGGUUUUUGUAAAUAUAGUUUUAUGCAUACUGUAGGUAUUUUCUUUAGAAAAUUGGUGUCAAAAUUAACUGCAUUCAAUCAAUUGUAGCUUGUCAUAUUCUAAUGAAGGCCAUUCCAUGUUACAUCUUGUCAGAUGUGUGUUAAUUAAGGCGGUACUAAAAAUAUUAAUA